UUCAUUGAAGAAUUAUCUUUGCACCAAGUAUAUAUUUUAUAAAUGCAAACCAUAAAAAGUUCGUUUUGUUGUGAAAUUUAAACUUGAUUAUGUCGCAUUCACUCAAAAUUGACAAGGAAACGCUGGUGCAGUUCGGCGCUGCCUAUAUGUUUUAUAUAGAGAAGCAUAAGCUGAUGGAGAUAAUGAGUCGCAUGCUGGCGGAGAUUUCAGUGCAGCCUGUGGAGGAUAUACGCGCGUUUAUGGGUGAAAAUAUACGACGCAUAGCUGUGGAUAUUUAUUCCAAAUCGCUAGACGCAUUUCAUCGCAAUGUGCCUGGAGAUUUCUAUCAGCUGCCCACGAGCUUUUAUCAUCGCAUUGUGCUGCAUGGACGACCUGGGUCGGGACGUCGUUCGCUAGCGCAUACGCUGGCCAAGCGCUGGAAUUUGCUUAUUUUAGAUGCAGAUGUCCUGGCGUAUCAUCAAAUUGCGCAACAGCCGCAGUCCGAGCAUGCGGAGCUGCUGCAGCAAGGCAUAGCUGAGGAUUGUGUUUAUAAACGCUCGCAGGCUAUUGGAAAUAUGAUACAGCAGCGGCUGCUGCAAGAGGAUGCACUGCAUCGUGGCUGGAUACUCAUCAACUAUCCGAACAAUCGCUGUGAGGCGCGUGAGCUAUUCGAAAACUUUCUGGUGCCGCCAAAUCGUUUGAUCUUUCUACAAAUCGAUGAGACUAUGGCACGCAUGCGGCGUCUAAUGCGCACGUAUACGCCAAGUCCGCAGGAUAACAUCACCUAUUUGGAUCGCCAAAUGCAGCAGUUUCGCAAGAGCGAGCCGACAUUGAAUAACUACCUAAGUCAUCGCCGUGAAGUGCUCUAUGUAGAUGCUAGAGCUUGCUUUGAAGCUGUCAAAUGUGAAAUAUUGUCCCAGCUUACCAAGACGCCUUAUAUGCUUGGCUAUAAGUAUGAGUCAAGCAGUGCCAUUGACUGAAAUUAAAUGCCACAAAGUUGAAAA